AAUUUCCAAAACACGCAGGUUGUAAGUUGAAGAUUUGGCAGCCACUUCUAGCAGGGCCAAUGAUCAUGAAAAGCGCUCAGAGUAGUCUCCCUUGUCUGAAGCUCUUGUAUACCUGGCGGAAUCCAUUGUUUUCAGCGGUAGCUGUCUCCUUGGCAACGCGUAUCUCUGCUGUCGACAUUCUUCGGAAUCUGAACGCAUUUAUUGUUUUUUUAUGUUAUACUAGCUUCUGCUAAGACUGCUGUUGCAAGAAGCAAACAUGAAUCAAUUGUCUUAUGUUAUACCUGCACGGUUUCUCAUUUUGGUUGCCCACUUCAUUGCAGUGGUGAUGAUUACAUUAUCCAGGGAGCGAAAUGUAAUGGAAUCUCUGCCUCUAAGUUAUACAUCAGAGGAGUACAGCAGUAAACAAACAGAAUUUGUGGUUGCACUCAGCCUAUCGUAUGUGAUGUUUACCUGUGAAUUCCUUGGAUUCCUCAGUGGUACAACCAUGUUCAUUGGUUCCCAGUGUAUAUUUUCUGCCAUAACCCAUGGCAUUGGUGCUAUCGUCUCAGCUUCCUUCAUCCUCCAGUCGAGUAUUGUCUUCUUCUAUUGGUUCAUUUUUGGAUUCUGCAGUGUCUUACCGACGUUUACAGAAGUGUUAACUGUUUUUGGGGUUCACUGUUUCCACAGGGGGCUUUACUGAGUGUGUGCAGCUACCACUGUAUCGCUGGUGGCGACGAUGAUUGUGAUAAUGAUGGUGACAUCUUAAGUUGGUAGUAACGGUGAUAGUGAUAGUAAUAGUUAAAUAAAGAUGGUGGUAGUGAUGGUGGUGGUGAUGCUGGUAGUCAUGACAACAAUGAUCAUGACUAUAGGCAUACAAACACCCACUCCCCCCUCUCUCUCACGCACACACAUACACACACACACACACAUUGGGCACAAAUAUGACUGUGUGGAUAAGCAGUUUACUUCUCAAUCACUUAACCAUGUGGUUUCAGGUUCAGUCUUACUGCACAGCAUCUUCUACUGAGUAAAUUCUGCAGACAGAAACUGAAAGAAGCCCAACCCAUUAUGUAUAUAUAUAUAUAUAAUACAAAAUUAGAAAAUGGAGGAAUAGAUUUCUUUCAAUCAUCAACUACUAGAUA